UGUAAUGUGAAAGUUGUAACGAGACACAGGAAGAUAAGGAAAUAUGGUCUUCUAUGAAUCCCUCCUCGUUAUUAGGUUAUUUAUAAUACUGAUAACUAUAGUCGUAGUAAUAGCCUAGUUGUUGCCUCUGUAGCAUAUCUCUAGGUUUUAUUUCUGAAUCAAAUAUAUUUAUAUUUAAGUAUGUUUUUCAUGUCCUAUAUAGACAGAUUUAGUUGUGUGUUCUGUUCAUAAUAAUAAUAAUUGGUUCGAACAUCAUGCAUAUGAAAAUGCACAUCAAGGUUGGUAAAGAAAAUUGGAGAAGUCCACUGAAAGGCGAGCAACUACAUUUAUCUGUUAAAUCUAAACCUAGAGUCACUGAACUUGAACAGUGAAUAUUCUUAAACGAAGUUCAAAAACCCAAUGAACUACAGUCUACUUAAUGUGAAGAAAACAACAGUUGGGUUUAGAUGUUCGGUUAACACGCUUUGACUUUAAAACUUACUUAAAAAAUGAAAGACCCUUAAAUUCAAUAAAUGAUUGCAAUUCUAAAGACCGUUUACUCCGCGAAUCAUCUGGAACCGGUAAAGUGCUUGCUGAAAUAAUUUAACCUGCUGCACCGCCGCCGGGAAAAUCUGUUGCCAGCCUAACCGUGCCAGCAGUGAACAUUUUAAUGAGUAACCAUUUAUCAAGACGCACACAGACGUCCUCGUAACGUUAUAAAGCUACGACUUCGUUUUUAUUCCAGUCGUUUUCUUCUCGCCGCUUAACUAGCCUACCGCAAACACAAAAGGGGCGGGCAUUAGUGACGAAGUGUAUUUUAGUUUCAACACGACCAAGGUAGGCUAUCACUGCAGACUGUUUUACUCAGAAUCCGGCACACAGUUUCCUAAAUGGCCUUAUGAACUCAUAUGAGACACACUCACUCAGCUGGCCGACUUUUAUUUUCUCCGGUCGAUGAAGCCAGAUUGGCAUGAUUCUCACGCAAUGUUUCAGAGCUGUUGCGCGAGAAGCGUCACUGUAGCGUGGCACGUCUGUUCAACCAGCCAGACUUUCUAAUGAGUUUGGAGGCGGGGAAAUAAAUAUCAAGAGAUCAGGCCAUUUGUGAUCAAGAAGUGGGCAUAUAUCAGGAGCCAUUGUUACAAAUCCAGUGACAUUCCCUUGUAAAUUAUAUCAGAUUGCUUUUGAAGGAAAGGACACAUUCUCUGCGCUGUUUAAUAUAGAGCACAUUUAAUUCUUCCCAGAAACAACUGCCCACAUACCCAAGGAGGGAGUGAAGAACACAAAUGACGUGGUUCCCUUCAUGGAGGUGUACAACAAGAGCAUGUGCCGGACGAGGGAGGUCCUGGUUGAUAUUUUCCAUGAGUAUCCCGAUGAGAUUGAGCACAUAUUUAUCCCAUCAUGUGUGCUUCUCAUGCGCUGUGCUGGCUGCUGCAAUGAUGAAGCACUGGAGUGCGUCCCCACUGAGACCUACAAUGUCACCAUGGAGGUAAAAAUGUUCAAACACCUAAAACAACAAAACAAUUUUCUGCUGAAUUUUACAGAACACAGAAGAUGUGAGUGCAGACCAAAGAAAGAAGUGACAGAAAGGAAAGAAAAAAAACCCCGGAGGGGCAAGGGCAAAGGCCUAAAGAGAAAGAGAAGGAAAAACAGAGAGAAAAAGCCACCCUCCCACUGUGAGCCUUGCUCAGAGAGAAGAAAGCGCUUGUUUGUACAGGACCCCCUGACCUGUCAAUGUUCCUGCAAACAUUCAGAGCUAGACUGCAAGUCCAGACAGCUGGAGUUAAAUGAAAGAACAUGCAGAUGCGACAAGCCAAGGAGAUGAGAAGAGACACAAACUCUACCAUGAAGGGGGGAUAUCUGCACAGCACUUUGAACUCUGAUCAUUUUCUCAAAGGAUGCAUUCCCUGGAAAGACUGAGAUGAAUGAGAGACAGCAAGAGUUCCUGAUAUAUAUAUAUAUGUAUAUUUUAUAUGUAUAUAUAUGUAUAUAUGUAUAUAUAUAUAUAUAUAUAUAUAUAUAUAUAUAUAUAUAUAUGAAGUAAGAAAAUAGCAAAUUUGUAUUGCUGCUAAAGCCAACACUAUAAGAAGUGAACGACUACACCAGUGCAUGUGGCUGGUGUGUGAAUGGGACUGUGUUUUCGUUGCUGGUAGUGAAUGGGAUUCGGUGCAUUUGUGUGAACCGGAUUGAGUUCCAGUGUAAUGGGCUUUUUCUCUUUUGAAAUGAUUGACUUUAUGUAAAACUUCACUGGAUUUUGGGAUACAUGUGGAGAAAAAUGUUGACUAAGCAGGCAAUGAAGGCUUCCCUUUGGACUUAUGACUGAGACCUGGCCUUGACCUUGGAGAGGAAGGCAAGAGCACAUCUCUCUGUCAAGAGAGUAGAGGAAUAUGAUGACUGCAGUGGUGUAGAGGAUUUCCCUACACAUUUUCCAAAGGAAAAGAAUGGCAGGUCCUGGAAAAGGAGAAAGGCUGGAACUUUUCCGCUUUGUGAUGUCACUUGCUGCUCUCAAGAGUACUCCAUUGUGAGCAGGGCAUAUAGACUUUUGUCACCAAGGCAACCACCGACUAACACUCAGUAAGACUCGGAGUGUAAAUACUUGUAAAGGGAUAUUAAUUGGAGGUAUAUAUGGAAACACCUGAAAUUUAGUUUGUGAUUGCAUUGUUCUCCAAAACACAGAGGCAUUUAUCUAUGACCCAUUUUUCUUACUGAACUUGUUGGUUUUCCUAAGGGAGAACUGCACACACCAUUUCAAAACUGUCUGUAUGUACGUAAUUAAUAUCCCUUUUAAAUAAUUUAAAAUGUUAGAAUAUGUUCAGUAUUCAGUCUGUAUUUAAUUUGCUCUAUUUAUAUGCAGUGUUAUGUUAAGGUGUGUUGCUUCCUUUGUUGUCAACAUGUUGCCAAUUUGCCAGGCCCUCUGGAGAGAAUGGUUAAUGGCUUUUUCUAAAGAUGAAAUAACACUAAAAACAUUCCUAAAAGCGUUAAGAGGCUUUCAGGACAAUACUCUCUGCGAGGUUUCCUUCCCAGGAUGUUGGGGUUGGGCUGGUGUUGGGAGGAGGGUCGCUCGGGGUUGUCAUGGAUGAUGCUUGUGAUCAUAUUGAGCAUGACUGUGCCACGUUCUCACUGUUGAUGUCUGUGCUCACACUGUACCAUGCACUAAACUGCCCUCUAACAGCUGAGCUCUGUGCCCAUCCGUGCUACAGCCACACUACUCCAGCCAUACAUGAGAGAGCUCCUGCUUCUGGAACAUUCUACCUGUGUUAAUAAUGACAGAUGUUCUCUGUAAUCACAUGCAGCCACAUUUAGUAUAUUUUCACAUUAAUAUAUUUAUUGGUGCUGUAAAUUGGUAAGUUUAAACUAUUAACAUCUGUUGUGUUUUAGUGUAAGUAGUAAGCAUAUUUAUUUUCAAAAGAUUUUAUUAAAUGAAAAACAGAU